AUGGAAAUAUCACUAGCUACUUUCGACCUCCCAGAAUGCUUGCCUAAUCUCAUGCCAUUCCACAUCUCUCACUCAGGGCCGGCACCAAUAUCUACGUACUUUCGUGUCAAGCCCUCGCUUUCUAGCCCGCACCUUUCGCUUACACAAAACACGUCCAAUGACACACACCUGUCCACAGACGACAGCCAGAACACCCUCGUUGCUGAAGAGUCGCAAUGUUCCCUGGCCACAAUCGCCGAAUCACAGUCUGCUUCAUUAGAGGAGGAUUCACAAGGAUGUACUGCAAGAGUGGGCGCUAUGGUAGUCGACGCGGAUUCUGGGACUCAGGCUAGCUCAUCGAGCGAAGUAGCUCGCGCGCCACCUCCUGUAGAAGGUAGUCUCAGUAAUAGUUUUAUCGCAGCAUUCAGAGGAAGGCAGGUACACGGUCGUACCGUGGACCUGCCGCAAGGAUACGGUGGCAUAGUCCUUAGUGCACCGAGCGGCGAUGCAAAGAGUCAAGGCGAUGAAACUGGGACGGUUAAAACAAUGGCUCAAACAAAAGGCAAGCGUCGAACAACACGAACAUGCAGCCGACAGAUGGAGACAGAUGAAGACGAUGCGGUGGACGCAAAUCAUGACGGCUCACGUGUUGAAAUUCGGAGACUGACCCCGGUCUCGAGGUUUUCUUCCUUUACUGUUUGGUCCCCAGAUAUACCGGUGGAUGAGGGCAAGGAUGAGUACCUUAGAUCCCUGACGGAGUGGACAAAGUUAGCGGCAGAGAUUCACGCCUAUGACGCAUAA